CGGGCUUACUUCACGCCGUGUUUACUUCACUAGCAGCGAGGCGCGUGGGGAUGGACUGUCUGACGCCUUUCUUUCCCCAAAGUUCCUUAAAAAUGGCUGUCUCAGAUGCUCUUCAGUCGCAGCUCAUAUUUGUUGUCAAGGAAUUGAUCAACGUAACGCAAGUUGAAAUCGCUAAAGUUAUAUCAUGUAGCGUUGAGAACUCUUUGCCGACAACCGACAACGGCGUCAACACUGAACGUUUAUCUACGGCGCACGAAAACGAAAACAAUCCGAUGAAUCUUAUUUCUGCCAUACUAGAAAUGUUUGGACGCGAGGCUGUACGCAAGCUCAACCGAAUUUUCACAGAGUACCACGCAGUUUCACAAAAGGAAUGCAGGCAAAAGAUGCAUGAGAUUAGACUCCUGAAAGCGAGGGUUGAGCGUAUGAGGAUGGACACCAAGAAGAAGCUUGAAAGGAUGAAGAUGGAGAUGAAGCGCAAGGGGAUUAGAGGAUCAAAUCUGAGGUCAGAAAGCAUGUCAACAAACGAGACCGAGAAAACACCAGGAAUGCCAAAUUCCAACACAGUUUGUAGUCGUCCGGGCGUCCAGAAUGAAUCGGGUGAAGCAGUGAGUCUAGAUGGGAGUGACGAGGACAACGAUGCAUCUAGGGGCAAAGCCACAUCCGAUGGCACAACUGACUCAUUUGUUUACCAGUUGUCCAGAAAGAAAACUCUUAUCGUGGAUCUCGGUCUAACACCACCGGUCCUUGUCCCUCAAAGUGUGCAAAAUAAUUCUGACCAAAGUUCAAGUCAAGAAACAAACCAAGACCAUUCUGUGCAUCUAAAUCAGACGAGCAACACCCAAAUGCAAAAUGUAAAGAAAAAAAAACAACGAAAAUCCAGAAAAGCCAAAAACCCGACGGGCAAACAACCAUACGGCUGUGACCAAUGUGGAAAGAGGUACUGGCAUCAGCAGUCUCUCGACUUUCACAAGCUCUCGCACGAGGUUGGAGAGCACAAGUGCGACACAUGUGGCAAAACAUUCGCUCAGAAAUAUAAACUGGACUAUCAUAAGCGGGUGCAUUUGGAAGUGAAGCCCUUCUCGUGCUCCACAUGCGGCAAGGGUUUCUCCUAUGCUAGAACUCUAAAAGACCAUCAGUUGGUCCACACAGGGGAGCGACCCUACUCGUGUACGGUCUGCAGCAAAACCUUCAAGCAAUCGGGAGAGCUGACCAGGCACAUGAGACGCCAUACUGGGGAGAGACCUUAUCUGUGCGACCAAUGCCCCAAGGCUUUCAUUAGCAGGGCCGGCCUAAAAAAGCACACCCUAGUCCACACGGGAGAAAGGGCUUACAAAUGUGACGUGUGCGACUUGCGCUUUGUCACCGACGGCAACCUAAGGAGACACAAGCUGACCCACUCGGGUUUGAAGCCCUUCGUAUGCAUGGUGUGCGCGAAAGCGUUCAGUCAGCGCAGCACUUUGAAGACUCACAUGUACAUGCACAGCGGUGAGAAGGCUUUCAUGUGCGAAGUCUGCGGGAAAAGGUUUGCGACCAAGUGGCUCAUGAAUGCUCAUAUGAAAAAGCACGACGAGGGUUACAAGCAUCCCGGUUUUAGCAAGGAGUGUCCCGUGUGCCACAGAAUCUACUGCAGCGAGCAGUCGCUGCGAAAUCACAUGCAGCUCCACUCGGCGCAGAAUCCGUAUAAGUGCAGCACGUGUGGCAAGGCGUUCUCUCGAAGCGCUGCUCUCAACUCCCAUCAAGUAAUCCAUUCUGAAGACAGGCCUCUCAAGUGCUCCUAUUGCCCCGCGAGCUUCCGUUGGGCACAGGGCAAGCAGUCGCAUGAGCGCAUCCACACAGGGGAAAAGCCCUACAAGUGCGAGAGGUGCGGCAUGAGAUUCCGCAUGUCCGGCAACUUGAAGAGACACAGCCGUGUGCAUACGGGAGAGAGGCCGUACUCCUGUCACAUCUGUGGGAAAAGCUUUGGUCAGUCGGGUAGUGUGACGGCUCACAUGCAGGUCCACACCGGUGUCAAGCCAUACAUCUGCCCAAGAUGCACCAAGGGAUUUUCCUGCAUUAAGGCUUACAGGAAUCACAAGUGUGUUAAAUGUUAAAUUAAAUGUUUUAUUAAACGUGAAAUUAAAUGUUAGCUGGUGCAACUCCUGUUCUCUCAUUAGAUGCGGGAGAGGCUUGUCAGCCGAGUAACGUUAAAAGCUCCCAUGCAGGUCCAUGCCGGGGCGAUGCCUUAUUUGUACCACUGAUGGUUUCUUAUGUUACGAAUGAUAGACACAAGUGUGUUGCCUGUUAAAUUUCACUGCUGUUCUAAAUUCCGGUGCUCCAUUAAAAUGUUAUGAACUUUUGAA